UGAUACGUAUUUGGGCUGGGCGGCGCCUCGAGAGGAUUUAUUCUCCUCCAUCUCAAUCUGCUGCAAACCCUAGUCGUCUUCCUCCGGCCGCUCUCAUGGCGUCCAAGGUGCUUCCUCGGGAGUGCCUCCCCCGGCGCAGUCCCACCGGCAGAUUGGAGCCGAUUACGGCCUACUUUCGUGUCGACGAGGAGGGGAACUACCGCCCGAGUCGUCUUCCUCCGGCCGCUCUCAUGGCGUCCAAGGUGCUUCCUCGGGAGUGCCUCCCCCGGCGCAGUCCCACCGGCAGAUUGGAGCCGAUUACGGUCUACGUCCGUGUCGACGAGGAGGGGAACUACCGCCCGAGGUACAUCUCGGCCAAAGUCGGGCGAGUGUUCCGAGAUCUCCAGGAUCUUAAAGAAGCAGCCCGUAGAUUCUACACCAACAUCUAUUUCGGCCUUCGCCUCCUAAAGAGGCCUCUGGCUCCGCCGCCGUCUCUGACCGACGACAUAUUCCAGUUCGAGUUCGUGGUGGAUGGGCCUACACCUGUUGCACAUGUGUCGUCCCUCAAGGCUAGUACAGCAUUGGGGGAGAAAUCGUCCGGCACUGAAGCCAUUUCCUCUUCUUCUCACAAGGUUCCUGAUGAGAAGCCUGCAGAGGUGUCUUCCCUCAAGCCUACAACAUUGGAGGAGGAAUCGUCUGGCAACGGAGCCAUUUCCUCUUCUUCCUUUGGGCAACCGGAUCAGGACACUGCUAUGGCCUCACCACCAUCAGGGAACUGCCUCGCCUCGCCUUCUGGGCCAGGCAUUUGGGAACGAGAACGACGUGACUGGGGGUUCUUCUAUUACAUCAGGGUUGAUCUUAAGGGAUAUUUCCACACAUAUCCGUAUGCAGGCGGGCCGUUUCAGAGCUUAGAGCAAGUCGACAAGGCUAUGGAUUGCUAUUUUCAUCAACAUCUGGAUCCAAAUCUGUUAAUGAAUAAAGGCGGGGUUCCUUCACGAGAGAUUUCUAUAGAAAAAACGAUUUAUUGGCCUGAUGGCAGAAGGAAGAAGCAUUCCAAGUCCUAUAUGAUCCAGCAAUACCAUAAUCGAAUGCGCCGAUUACUUCUAGCUUUGGUGGAGAAGCAUAAUGAGGAUCACAGCCUUUCGGCGGAUCUUGCAUAUGAACUCAAAGAUGUUUUGCACUGCGCAACACUUUGGGAGGGGCUUACUUCAUGCUACUAUCAUCUCAAUUUCACGGUGACUAAAGGAGCUGAUGAUUCUAACGCUGGCAUUGAAAACCUUUUCUUUGCGGAAGUCCAAUGUGUGCUACAAGGAGAAGAAGAGGAAAUGUUGGUCAGCUGCUUCCGCGCGGUUGAAUCUACCGAUAAUGGAUACUGCUAUGGUUGUACCAUGGAUAGGGAUGUCAAUAUGAAGCACCCCAACAGUGCCGGUGCAUACCUAGCCGGUGAGCUGAAGGUGGGUUCACACAUAGGAUAUUAUUGUCAUGAAGGCUGGAGCAACGACUCAGACGACGAAAAUGACGUUGCUGAUAAAGCGUGUACGCCUCCGACUAUGAGGACGUCUGUCGCCGACAACAUGACUUUUGACGACGCCGACCAGUAAGAGGCCCGAGGGGCAGGCAAGCCAACAUGGAAGGGGACAAGUGGUCGGGUCCAACAAGUUCAAGACCCAAGCAGCUUUGCUGGCUCUUUACUUCUAUUGGCUUAGUCUAUGGGUUGACUAUCUUGUAAGCUUGGUUAUAUGUUGCACCUGCUUAAUGUAAAUAAACCACCGACGGCUCACACUCCUGAAUGAGCGCAUGAACCGUCGCGGGGUCGCCAAUCCCAUGACGUGGCUCUAGCACAAUGUUCUCAUUGGAUGCCGUGUUGUUUAUGAUCGUACCUCCGUUUAACUAUUGGCUGUUUGCCUGGUGUCC